UUUCACAGAAGCAAAGGAUUGAAAUAUUUUUUUCAGAUUCUUGAUAAAUGAAUGAUUUUGAAUCUUAACUUUUCUUUCCUCUUCUGAACCAAGUUUUUGAAUAAUCGGUGCUGAGCGUGGACCCUGAGUAAAGUUUAGAAUGUCUAAACCUAAGGCCAAGGAUACUCCUGAAGAACAAAACUUUCAGAUCAGGCCCCCGUUCUCUCAGAAGUUUAAACCAGGAGCUGUUAAGGAGUUGAUAGUGAGUAUCCUGAAUGAGAUCCUGGGCGGGAAACUAUAUGAUUCAAUGAAGGUUUCCUCCUGGAGUAAAACGAUCGCGGACUCUGUAAAAGCUCAAGUUAAAACUCUAGGAUAUGAAAGGUACAAGAUUGUAGUGGAGGUUGUGAUAGGAGAGCAAAGAGGAGAAGGAGUAAGGAUGGGUUCAAGGUGUCUCUGGGACUCGGAUACAGAUAACUACGCUAGCGAAGUUUACAUGAAUGAUAGUUUAUUUUGUUGUACAGCUGUCUUUGGAUUGUAUUAUUAUUAAAAACUGUAAUGCAACAUUAUUAAACCAGUGUAAAGUUAAUAAUUACGAAGCCAUAAUUCGAAAUUUCGUUUUCCAGA